UUGCACUGUUCCUUGGAACUACUUUACAGAGGCGUGGAAUGUUAAAAAUCGUCGGCGAUAGCCUCCUGGAACCGUUCACUCUGGUCCUGCUUAGUAAGGCUGUCAAGACAUGCGCAAACAACGCAUCAUGUCGGCUCCCCUUUUUGGGAAGGUGCUGCGUCUGCACGCUUCCUCUCCCAUGUGGGGAAACAAGCCAUCACUACCAGAACGAAAUGAUUCUCUCUGGACAAUAUGAGCCAUCAACUCUGGAAGCACAAAACGUGCAAGGAGGCUCCUCAGCAGCCGCUUACUACACCCGGUCGCUGGAAGCGAAUCUUACUAGUGCUUUGAGCGAAUUCGGCCUUUCUUUGUUGCCACCGUCUCGCGCUGCUUGCCUAGAUGCGUCUCCACUAGGGGUGGCCAGCGAACGAGAGGGCGGUGCCACAUGCUCGCCAUGUAGCCGGCCAGCGACAGCCCGACUUAUUGGGGGAUCUCCCCGCGACCAGCAAUCAGAACCACCACCAAUUCAAAUCCUUUUGCCCCAGAAGGAUCCAAAAAGAAGAUCCGCUGCCGCCCAGAUUGGACGUGGCAAAGCAGUGGCAGAAGGCGGAAUCCAAGGAAAUAGUGAUUUUGGCGAGUACCGGCCACCUCAGGCAACACUGCCGUCUCCUACCGUGAAGAAAAACACGUCGUCAACGUUACCGUCGGGUUUCUCUAUUGCUAAUAAGCAGCCAGGGUUCAAACGAAGCUAUCAAGAGGCUCUUCUUGAACCCCUUCAGCUCCGUUCGCCACAGGGAUUGUCCGGUUUCCCACGAAAUCAGCCUGCCGGUGACCUUGUACAGUCGCCGUUCACCGCUGCAGCACUGUCUGAUGGUGGUGCGAGAGACCAAGCCGCCUACCUCUGCGAUAUGUUGUUUGCUGGCUGUCUUCCAGAACGCUACAGACGUGACCGGGAGGUCGCAAUGGAGUCCGUCGAGAGCAAGCGGAAAAGCAAGGAAAUCGAGGCUGCCCAGGUGAGCACGUGUUGUCUAAAGAGUCCUUACGGUAGUGAUCAGGCAUCCAGAAGAUUGCUGUGGAGUCACAAGCUCUCGUUUUAGGGCUUUUUCAUUUCGUCAUUCCUGACCUGAAUACUCCUGCCAUUUUUUGCCAUCAUGAGGGAAAUCCUCUGCGCUCGGAGUCGUCCUCGCAUGAUUCUAUGAAAAGGACUUAAUUGGUGGAACAUUUCUGUUUUUCAAUCAAUGAAACAGCAACGCCGUCAGUGGCACUGUCACUGACCCUGUACACGCUACCCGAUCUCGAAAAUCAACGUAAAUAUCCCUAGAAACGGCUUAUAAGGACCGACGAUGUUUUGCUGAUAUUAUCGUUCCAUCAUUGACUCUCUAUCAUCCGCAAUCAGGUCGCUAAAAUGCUCGCCAUAGAAGAGUACAGGGAACGCAGACUGGACGCCAAACUGAAGGAACUGGAAGAAAAGAAGCAGCGGGAGAUCGAAAACCAAAAUUACCUCAAAGAAAAGGAGAGGAAGCGGGAGCUGCGGAGCAAAUUCCUUCGCAAGCAACUAGAAGAUUACUAUGGAAAGAAAGAGACAGCCAAGUGAGAGAAGCUUGCUUCCAAAUCUGGGUAGACUAACACGUGGUUGAACUCGCAUAGUGGCAGGUACACCACAGAUGCAGUGCUCAAAGGAAGACAACCUUGAACAACGGAACACCUUGUCUUGGAUGCACCUGCUGAACGCAAGUUCAGGAGUGUAGCAUGGGCGUCCUGGGGGCUCUAAGCACCACCACAACAACCUCCGAGACACUUACGCCAAGCG